UUGACUUUGGGUAGUUCAAUAACAUAUUCAUCUGCUGCUCAAGGCCAAACCACUGCCCCGAAAAAAAGUAAUUAAUUAUGAAAGAACUUCUUCUGCUCAAGUCGGAUCGGAAGGCAGUAUCAAUUUGUAGUUGGACUGAUCUGAACCAGUAUCAAUUAAUGGAUGCCAGGAAAGCCCAUAAAGCCUCCUCUUCAUCCUCACCAUCCUCCUCAUCCUCACCAUCCUCCUCAUCAAAACGUUGGGAGUACCAAGUGUUCUUGAGCUUCAGAGGUGAAGACACACGCAAGGGCUUCACAGGCCACCUCCACGCCGCAUUAUCUAAUGCCGGAAUCCGCACCUUUCUUGACGACAACGAGCUAAAAAGAGCGGAAUUUAUAAAAACCCAACUGGAGCAGGCAAUCGACGGGUCCAUGAUCUCCAUAAUUGUCUUCUCCAAGAGUUAUGCCGAUUCCAGUUGGUGUCUUGACGAGCUGGUGAAGAUCAUGGAGUGUAGAGACAAAUUGGGGCAACAGGUUAUUCCAUUGUUCUAUAAUGUUGAUGCUUCAGAUGUCCGGAAACAAACUGGUAGCUUUGCACAAGCAUUUGAGAAACAUGAAGCGGGCAUCUGUGAAGGUAAACAUGAGAAAGAAAAGGUACAGCGGUGGAGAAAUGCUCUCACUCAAGCUGCAAAUUUGUGUGGGGAAGAUCUUAAAAAUGCUGCUGGGAAUGAAGUAGAGUUUAUCAAGAAAAUUCUUAGGGUGGUUAAUAACUUGGUGAACAGAAACUACCAAUUAGACAUCGAACACCUUGUUGGAAUUACUUCUCGGCUGAACGAUGUUGUUCGCAUGAUUGAUAUUGAAAAUUCAGGUUCUAAGGAUGUUGUUCGCAUGAUUGGUAUUUUGGGGAUGGGCGGCAUUGGAAAAACAACGCUUGCCAAAACCAUUUAUAACAAAUUUGAACGUAUCUUUGAAGGUCGUAGGAGUUUCCUUGAAAACGUGAGGGAAGUAUCUGCAAACCAACGCAGUAAUGGUCUGGUUGGUUUGCAAGAACAACUUCUAAAUGAUAUCUUGAAAGGAGAGGGCAUAAAGGUUGGAUCUGUUGCUAAAGGGAUCGAUAUGAUAAGAGAAAGACUUUGCUGUAAAAGAGCACUUGUCAUAAUUGACGAUGCAGAUGAUCUACAGCAAUUAAAAGCAAUAGCUGGAGCUCGUGAUUGGUUUGGUCCUGGAAGUAGAAUUGUCAUAACAACAAGAAAUAAACAUUUGCUAGAGCAAGUUGGAGUGGAUAGCACAUAUAUGGCUCAAGCAAUGAAUGAAAAAGAAGCUCUAGAGCUCUUUAGUAGGCAUGCCUUCAAAAGAGGUGAUCCUGAUCAAGAAUAUCUUGACCUUUCAAAUUUUGUAAUUCGUUACUGUCGAGGCUUGCCACUAGCACUUGAAGUUGUAGGGUCUUUUCUGAUUAAAAGAUCCACAGCGGAGUGGGAAAACCAUUUGGAGAAAUUGAAAAUAAGUCCUGAUGGAGAUAUUCAAAAAACACUCAAAAUAAGCUUUGAUGGGCUACCUGAUGAUAGAAUGAGAAAGAUAUUCCUUGAUAUAUCUUGUUUCUUUAUUGGAUAUGACAAGGACUAUGUAACCCAAAUAUUAGAUGGAUGUGGCUUUCAUGCAACGAUAGGAAUCAGAGUCCUCAUCGAACGGUGCCUUGUAACUGUUAGUGAGCAAAACAGGCUGAUGAUGCAUGAUUUGCUUCGAGACAUGGGAAGAGAGAUCGUUCAUAAAAAUGCCCACGGUCACCCUGAAAAAUUUAGUAGAUUGUGGAAACGUGAAGACGUAACAGAUGUAUUGAAUGAUGAAUCUGGAACUGACGAAAUUGAAGGAGUUGCUAUAGAUUUGGAUUUUGAUGUAGAUUCAGAUCUAGAUUCGACUAGAUUCAGCGCACAAGCAUUUACCAAGAUGAAAAAACUGAGGUUACUCCACCUCAGCGGAGUAGAGCUUACUGGAGAGUACAAAGAUUUUCCCAAAAAGUUAAUGUGGUUGAGCUGGCAUUUUUUUCCUUUAGAGUCCUUACCAGAUGACUUUCCUAUGCAACCAAAACUAGUUGCUUUAGACCUGCACCAUAGCAAACUCAAAAUAGUUUGGAAGGAUUGCAAGUUGCAUCAGAAUUUGAAAAUCCUUGAUCUCAGUGGUUCCUAUCAGCUAACAAAAUCACCAGACUUUUCAAAACUCCCAAAUCUCGAGGAAUUGAUAUUGCAAUACUGUGAGAGUUUGUCUGAGGUUCACUCAUCCAUCGGGGAUCUGGGAAGACUUUCUUUGGUAAAUCUUCAAUACUGCAAAAAUCUUCAGGAUCUCCCACUGAAUUUCUAUAAAUCCAAGUCUAUUGAAACUCUUAUACUGAAUGGUUGUUCACGUUUUCGAGAGCUGGGUGAUGGCUUAGGGGACAUGGUAUCAUUGACAAUUUUGGAAGCAGAUAAGACAUUCAUCAGACAGAUUCCAUCUUCCAUAGUAAAAUUGAAGAAGUUGAGAAUUUUAUCUCUAUCUGGUGAGAAUUUUGAAAUUCCAUCUUUUACCCCUUUCGUUACAUGCUGCUGGUUGGGGUUAACUGAGGAUGCAAUCCCUAAGGAUCUAUGUAGCCUAAUUUCCUUAGAACAUCUGCGUCUUCAAAGCAAUUACUUUUGUAGCCUACCAAGUCUCGCUGGUCUUUCAAAGCUCAAGGUCUUGUAUUUAAAUGCAUGCAGAGAACUUCUUGCAAUCCCAGAUUUACCAACCAAUUUGCAUGUUCUGAAAGCAAUUUGCUGCCCAAAAUUGGAAACAAUUCCAGAUUUUUCAAAAAUGUGGAAUAUGAGAGAAUUGUAUCUAAGUGAUUCGUUCAAACUCACUGAGGUUCCAGGCUUGGAUAAGUCAUUAAACUCCAUGACAAGGAUUCAUAUGGAAGGCUGCACCAAUCUGACUGCCGAUUUUAGGAACAACAUCCUACAGAGAUGGACUUCUUGCGGAUUUGGUGGAAUUUAUUUGAAUGGAAAUUAUGAUAUUCCUGAGUGGUUCAAAUUCGUCAAUGAUGUGGACAAUAUCGUCUUCUUCGAAGUUCCUCAAAGAAUCAUGGGUCGUGAUUUAAAAGGGUUGACUAUAUGCUUCGUUUACUCUUCAGGCAGGCGAAGGUGGUCUCAUUGGCAUUAUCAGGAAUUUGAAGAUUCUCAAGAUGGUCCUAUUGGCAUUAUCGUUAGAAAUCUUACCAAACAAACUGCUUUGCACACCAAGAUAGCAUUUGCCUCCUUAAAAUCUUCCAGUGAACCUGAAGACGAUUCCGGUGAAUCUGAAGAACCUGAAGACGAUUCCGGUGAACCUGAGGAACCUGAAGACGAUUAUCUUUGGCAGGGACAAUUGUCAAACGAUGUGCUCCGUUUGCAAGGCGGGGAGCGAGUCUGCAUUCUUGUAAGGCCUGAUGAUGUUGAUUUAGUGAGAGUGAAGAAGACAGGGGUUCAUCUAAAAUGGGACAAAGUCAUGAAGGAAAAUAUGGAUAAUCCGGAUCCUCAUUUGUAUGAUUGGGAAACAAAUGGGGAUUUUUCAGGGGGAGUUGAUGACUCCAUUUCAAGAAACAGAGAGAACAAGGGAAGAAAAUCAAAGAGAAGGAGGAUAGGAUCGUUUGAUUAUGUUUAA